AUGUCAGCUUUCGGUAACCCAUUCACGUCGGGUGCUAAGCCUAAUCUUUCUAAUACAAGUGGUAUCAACCCUUUCACAAAUAAUGCUGCUAGUACCAAUAACAUGGGAGGAAGUGCAUUUGGAAGACCUAGUUUUGGAACAGCAAACACAAUGACAGGAGGAACCACCACUUCAGCAUUUGGAAUGCCCCAGUUUGGUACCAAUACAGGCAAUACUGGCAAUACGUCAAUUAGCGCUUUUGGGAACACCAGUAAUGCGGCUAAACCGUCAGCAUUUGGAGCACCAGCAUUUGGUUCUAGCGCCCCCAUCAAUGUUAAUCCGCCUUCUACUACGUCAGCAUUUGGAGCACCGUCAUUUGGAUCAACAGGUUUUGGUGCUAUGGCGGCGACAAGUAAUCCUUUUGGUAAAAGUCCUGGCUCAAUGGGCUCUGCAUUUGGUCAACCAGCUUUUGGAGCGAACAAAACUGCUAUCCCUUCUAGUUCGGUUAGUAAUAGUAAUAACUCCGCAUUUGGUGCUGCGUCAAACACGCCCUUGACCACAACUUCUCCUUUUGGUUCACUGCAACAAAACGCAUCACAAAAUGCAUCAUCUACAUCGUCAGCGUUUGGCAAACCGACUUUCGGCGCAGCUACUAAUACCCAGUCGCCAUUUGGUACUAUUCAAAAUACAAGUACAAGCAGUGGGACAGGAGUAUCCCCAUUUGGCACAUUUGGAACUAAUAGUAAUAACAAAUCACCUUUUAGUAAUCUACAGAGCGGAGCAGGCGCUGGUUCUUCGCCGUUUGGUACUACAACCUCCAAAGCUAACAACAACAAUAACGUGGGCAGUAGCGCAUUCGGAACGACGAAUAAUCAAUCUCCUUUUAGCGGAGGUUCUGGGGGCACCUUUGGUUCUGCUUCUAACCUCAAUAAAAAUACCAAUGGCAACUUUCAAUCUUCUUUUGGUAAUAAAGGGUUUUCAUUCGGAAUUACACCACAAAACGAUGCCAACAAAGUCUCGCAAUCGAACCCUUCAUUUGGGCAAACAAUGCCAAACACAGAUCCGAACAUAAGUUUGAAGAGCAAUGGUAACGCAACCUCUUUUGGAUUUGGACAACAACAGAUGAAUGCUACUAAUGUCAACGCUAAUACGGCCACCGGAAAAAUUAGAUUUGUUCAAGGGUUAUCUUCUGAAAAGGACGGUAUUCUAGAAUUGGCCGAUCUCGCAGAGGAAACACUGAAAAUAUUCAGAGCAAACAAGUUUGAACUAGGCCUUGUCCCUGAUAUACCUCCACCACCUGCAUUGGUUGCAUAG